CCUUCACUGGGCGCACCACAGGCAAGCCACUGGCAAUAUAGAAGACGCGCAAUCCAUGCCCUAUGCUGAGUAGAACUAAUAACUAUACGGUGAGAUCAGUGGGUUGAACUUUCGGGAUUUCGUAAUCCGUCAUCUGUCAGCUGUCAAUUCAAUUUUGGGAUUUUAAUUGCAUCAUUUACGGUUAAUUAAUCGUUAUACUGUAGAUACUAUUCAUUGGAAAUCAUACGCAAUGGCAGAUCCUAAGUACGCCGAUCUUCCUGGAAUUGCCUAUGACCAGCCUGAUGUCUAUGAAACAAACGACCUUCCUGAAUCAGAUCAGUUUCAAAAUUACUCUGAGGAGGAGAAUGACUCUAUCGAACGACUUCAUAUCAGCGCUACCGAAGCUUUUAACAAGUUUAAAGGAAAACACCUGAUAAAUAAAGGAGUCGACUUCUCUGAUCAAUUGUCUCGCAAACCAAGGACUGGAUAUAACGCUAUAUCUGGAGUUUGGGAAUUGCCUGGCGAAGGUGGAACUGAAACUCCGAUCCAAAAAUAUCAACGACUACAAUGUGAAAUAAAAGAAUUGUACGAUGAAGUAAACCAGAUCAAGGAGUCAGCAAAAAACGAUGGCGAUGUAAAGUCUGCAGUGGAGUUAGCAUCUCAAGUGGAACAGACUGGAAAGCAGUUGGACAAUUUAAAAUUAGAGCAGUGCCUUGGUUCUGACCUUGUAAAUUCUUUGACUGACCCUCACGGCACGCAGCUACAGAAACUGAUAUCACAGGUUGAGUUGUUUAAAGUUAGUGGUACUGGUAAACCGGAGAACUCAACCAGCAGCAAUAAAGCUGAAAAAGAAGGUGAUCUUCAACCUGGAGUACUGCAGUACCAAAUGUUGUAUCAACCAGAAAGAGCAAGAUUGCAAGAAGCGUCCAGAGUCGCUCAUCUGGAACAAAGACUAGGACGCUUAGAGAACGUUAUUGGCGCGGGAAAUGAAAAACUCAGUAGACUCAGUCAGUCAAUCAAGACUCAAGGUUUAGUCGAGGCUGUGCAACAACUGGGAGCAAAAGCAGCUCUUCUAGAUGCCACUCAGUUAGAUGGUAUCGAAAGCAGAUUGGCUACUCUGGUCCAUAGAAUGGACAACAUUGCGCAGCAAAAAGCUUCUGCACCUAUAUCUUCCGAUCAAGAACAAAAGAUAUCAGAAAUCUAUGAAGUGAUUAAAAAGACAGAAACCAUGUCUCAAAUUUUACCGCAAACAGUGAAUCGAAUGCUAGCUCUCAGCACUGUUCAUCAACAAGCGGCUGAAUUUAGCAGAUCUUUGGCGCUUUUGGAAGAAUUACAAGGCCAAAUAUCAUCAGGAAUUGAGAGUAACAAGGUAAUGCUAAAAGGAGUGCAGGAAAGUUUUGCUUCCAAUUUGGAAGCAAUUAAGAAUAACAUAACUGCAAUUGAUGAACGUGUAAAAAAAUUGAACAAGUAAUUAUCUUACUAAGUUCAGAUACUGCAAGCUGUCUUAUGAUUUUCUAUAGUAUACUUAAAUAUGAUAAUUAAAAUAACUAAUAAUAACUGCACAAACAUAAUAAAAGUAUUACUUACCAAUUGUAACAUACGCAUUAUUUUUUGUUGUAUUAUCAAGCUUUUCUAUUAUUGAAUCUUCUCUUGUGUUUAAUAAAUUAUUAAAAUAUAUGUAUUGAAACUAGACGUUUUAAAAAAUUCUCUCUCUUCAUGUUUCACUGAACAUUGCCUUGUUCAUCCAUCAACUUCUUAGUAUCCCGUCCAACGCAUAUGAGGGGUUGAGAAUGCACUUGGUGUAAGUCCAGUUUUUUGGGAGGUCGAAAAUCCUUUGUUCUAAAAAUUGUAUCCAACUGACUUACACCACU